CUAGUGACUCGUACAGCCUAAUACCGAGUUUCUUACACAUGGUGGAAAAAACAAACCCUGGAUCAUUUGUCGAUCUGAAAACGGCAGAAGACAACAACUUGCUCUUUGUUUUCAUGGCGUUGGAUGCAUCCAUAAAAGGGUGGGGAGCAUGCAGACCGAUAGUUGUUGUGGACGGAACGUUCCUCAAAGCAGCUUAUGGGGGAACUUUGUUGUGCGCAUGCACACAAGAUGCAGCAGGUCAUAUUUUUCCACUAGCGUUUUGUGUUGCAGAUUCUGAGAAUGACCAAUCUUGGAAAUGGUUCUUCAAAAAAUUUAAAGAAGCGUAUGGUGUACGGGAACACCAAUGCCUAAUUUCAGACAGAAAUGAAAGCCUCAUCAAAGCAGCGAGAGAAAUCUAUCCAGAAAUUGCACACGAUUCUUGCGGUUACCACAUUUUGAGCAACCUUAAAACAAGCUUCAAACAACAUGCUGCCAAAUACAAUCUGCCAUUCUUUGGAGCAGUGAAAGCCUACACAGAAAAGCAAUUCGAGUUCCACAUGGCUGAAUUGGAUGGAUUGGACAAACGCAUAAGACCUUACCUCAAAAAAAUCGGGUAUGAAAAGUGGUCAAGAAUUCAUAGCCAAAACAAGAGGUAUUCCACAAUGACCUCAAACAUAUCAGAAUCACUGAACGCUGCAAAUUUGGCAGCAAGGGAGCUACCAAUUACAACGCUGCUAGAAUGCUUGAGAGCAUUGGUGCAACAAUGGACGCAUACUAAUAAGACAAAAGCACACAACACCUUCACUAAGCUAUCACCAACUGGAGAAGACAUACUGUUGAAAAAUUACACAUACUCAUUGAAUCUGGAGGUUAAAGCAACAACAGAUUACUUGUUUGAGGUAACAAGAAUGAAAGAAUCGUGGGAAGUAGACCUAGAAAAAAGAACAUGCAUGUGCAACAGGUUCCAAAUAGAUGAAAUGCCAUGCGGGCACGCAGUGGCCGUGAUGAGGGAGAUGAACAUGGACCCGUACACCUACUGUUCAGAUUACUACACAAAAAAAAAUUGGCUGGCAACUUAUUCAGGGACAGUUUACCCAAUAGGACACCAAAGUGAAUGUGAGGUACCGGAAGAAGUGAAAAAUAUUAUAGUCUUGCCUCCACAUGAAAGAGUAAAAUCAGGAAGACCAAAAACAUUAAGAAGGAAGGCUGGAUGGGAAAAGGAUCAACACAACAAGUGCAGCAAAUGUGGUGAACUGGGGCAUAACAAAAGAACAUGCAGCAGAAGACGUAGAAGGGAAUAAAAACAACAACAGAACAACAGUAGAAAAACAAAAGAAAACUACACAUACGUUUUGAGAAUUAGAUAUUGAGGAAUUUAAAUUUCUGAAAUACAAAGGGAAUACAGUUUUUAUUUGAAAAACAUUGAUUACAUUGGGAAUUGUUGAUACUCUAGAUUGGAUAUUAAAAGAUGUUGGAUACUAAAUUGAAUAUAUAUAUGAAGUUUGUUAUUGAAA